CGGUGGGUCGUUUUACAGUCAAACAAACGCCAUUAUUUCCGACUCACGUUGUUGAUAAAAUUUCUUCGUUCCUCUGUCAGUUCUAAGACAACAUAGGUCAGAUUUUGACUUUAUAAAAAGUCAUGAAAAUGAACAUCACUUCGGCAGGCGGAGUCCUGUCUCUUCUGGAUGAACCAGAGCCACAGCUGAAGGUGUUUGCACUGGACAAGCUCAACAAAAUUGUGAAUGUAUUUUGGGCAGAAAUCUCUGAAUCCAUUGACAAAAUUGAAGUUCUGUAUGAAGACCCGAAUUUCAAACACAGACAGAUGGCAGCACUGGUUGCAUCAAAGGUUUAUUACCACUUGGGAGCGUUUGAAGAGUCCCUGACUUACGCUCUAGGAGCUGGCGAUCUCUUCAAUGUGAACGACACAUCAGAAUUUGUUGAGACGACUAUAGCCAAAUGCAUCGACCAUUACACCAAGCUGUGUGUGGAGAAUGCUGAGUGCGGUGAGGAUGAGAAAAAGCCGAUUGACCUCCGACUUGAAGCGGUUGUUAACCGCAUGUUCAACCGAUGUUUUGAUGACCACCAGUACAAACAGGCACUCGGGAUUUCACUUGAAACCAGAAGAAUUGACAUUUUUGAAAAAGCCAUUUUGUUGUCGGAUGAUAUUCCGGCAAUGCUCUCAUACGCACUCAAGGUGUGCAUGGCUCUGAUUCAGAACCGACGGUUCCGCAACACAAUCCUCAACGUACUCACCAAGCUCUACAUGAAUCUGGAAACGCCCGAUUACAUCAACGUCUGUGAGUGUUACAUAUUUUUGGAUGAUCCGAAAUCAGUGGCUGACAUUCUGAUUAAACUGAUUGGUGGAGGAGAGGAUCAUGUGUUGAUGGCAUACCAGAUUGCGUUUGAUCUUUACGAGAGUGCGACACAGCAGUUUCUUCAGCGAGUCCAAACUGCACUAAAAGUGUCGUCACCGGUCCCCAUACCAGAAAUCAAGAAAGCCGAAACCCCAGCCAAAGAGACGAAGCCAGAGGAAAAGGAGGAUAAAGAGAAAGAAAAGGAGGAAGAAAAAGAAAGUGAAAUGGAUACAGAAGAAACGACAGCACCCGUUUCAAAUCCAGUGGCCGCCAUAGUUUUGUCUGGUAGUGACAAGGAACUUCAGGACCGGAUUAUGAAACUGCUGACAAUCCUUGGAGGCGAAACGACGAUCUACAUUCAUCUGCAGUUCCUCAUCAAAAACAACAAGACCGAUGCCUUGAUUCUCAAGAACACAAAAGAUGCUGUACGUAACUCUGUGUGUCAUUCCGCCACUGUGAUAGCGAACUCCUUCAUGCACUGUGGGACGACGUCGGACUCAUUUUUGAGAGACAACUUGGAUUGGCUGUCAAGAGCAACAAACUGGGCAAAGUUUACAGCGACGGCAAGUUUAGGUGUUAUACAUAAGGGUCAUGAAAAAGAAGCUCUUCACCUAAUGUCUUCGUAUCUACCUAAAGACACGGGGCCAGGUUCAACAUACUCAGAAGGUGGUGGACUCUUCGCGUUAGGUUUAAUUCAUGCCAACCACGGUGGUGACAUCACAGAUUAUUUAUUAACACAGCUAAAGGAAGCCUCGACUGAUAUGGUACGUCACGGCGGGUGUCUUGGAGUUGGUCUGGCUGCGAUGGGAACUGCUCGACAAGAUAUUUAUGAACAGUUGAAGUUCAACCUGUAUCAAGAUGAUGCUGUAACAGGAGAGGCAGCGGGUCUAGCUAUGGGGUUAGUGAUGCUGGGCACGAAAUCCGCUACCGCCAUAGAAGACAUGGUGGCUUAUGCCCAGGAAACCCAGCAUGAAAAGAUUCUACGCGGGUUGGCCAUGGGGAUUGCACUGACCAUGUAUGGUCGUCUGGAGGAAGCCGACGCCCUCAUCGAGAGUUUAACCCGCGACAAGGACCCGAUUCUUCGCUGGUCGGGAAUGUACACGAUCGCAAUGGCCUACUGCGGGUCUGGAAACAACCAGGCCAUCCGAAAACUCUUACAUGUUGCGGUGAGUGAUGUUAACGAUGACGUCAGAAGAGUUGCAGUUACCUCCCUUGGAUUUCUUCUAUUCAGGACCCCGGAGCAAUGUCCAAGCGUUGUGUCUCUUCUGUCGGAGAGCUACAACCCCCACGUCCGGUUCGGAGCGGCCAUGGCUCUUGGUAUCGCCUGCGCUGGAACGGGACUGAAGGAAGCUAUCAAUCUGUUGGAGCCCAUGACACAAGAUCCCGUCAACUACGUCCGCCAGGGGGCUCUCAUCGCGUCUGCUCUUGUUCUGGUUCAGCAGAAUGAAGUCACUUGCCCCAAGAUGGCCCAGUUUCGUCAGCUGUAUGCCAAAGUGAUCAACGACAAACAUGAUGACGUCAUGGCUAAGUUCGGGUCAAUCUUGGCCCAGGGAAUUAUUGAUGCAUGUGGUCGUAAUGGCACGAUAAGUCUACAGUCUAGAACAGGCCACACUAACAUGGAGGCGGUGGUCGGACUGCUCGUGUUCUGUCAGUACUGGUUCUGGUACCCACUCACCCACUUCCUGUCGCUCGCCUUCUCACCCAACUGUCUGGUGGGUCUGAACCACGACCUCAAGAUGCCAAAGAUUGAAUUCAAAUCGAACGCUAAGCCGUCGACGUUUGCGUAUCCGCCUCCGCUAGAGGAGAAACGGGACAAGGCUAAGGAGAAGGUUGAGACGGCCGUUCUGAGCAUCACGGCCAAACAGAAGAAGAAAGACGCAGACAAGAAGAAAGAUGACGACAAGAUGGACGUGGAUGAUGAAAAGAAGGAUGACAGCAAAGAAAAGGAGAAAGAAACAAAAGAGAAGAAAGCUGAGCCCGAAAAGAAAGAAGAAAAGAUGGAAGAGAAGAAGGAAGAAAAGGAGGAGAAAGUGGAAGAGAAGAAGAAGGAACCGGAGCCGGGUUUUGACAUGUUGAUGAAUCCAGCGCGCGUCAUGAAGUCUCAGCUCAAAGUUCUGUCCACUGGGGAGGACACAAGAUAUUGUCCCGUCAAAGAUCUGACAAACGGAGGGAUCAUCAUGUUGAAGAACAGUAAGCCGGGCGAACAAGAAGACAUUGUGGAAACCGUCAUCGCCGGUGGACCAAAGAUGGAGGAAGAGGAGGAGCCGGAACCUCCAGAACCGUUUGAGUGGACCGAGGAUUGAUGGUGGACUCUCACUGACAGUCUGACACUACCACAGAGAUAGAUUCUGUCAUUCAGUUGUUGAAGAUUAUUCUCGUGGAUAUUUGACUCUUUUUUUUUAUUGUGGCUGCUUAUUGUGGAGACCGAAAGACAACAAUGAAUUUAUUUGUGAAGAUCUGUUCACUGUUAUUCGUAUGGACGCAUGUGGUUUUCGUGGAUUGCUGGAAGUUGCACUUACAGUUUUAACGUUGUGAGAGAAACAUUAAUUAUUGAACAUUUUGAAACCGACCAAGGAUACACACGCAUUCAAUGUAUAUGUAGUAGUCAUAAAUUUGUUCCAUGUAUUUAUGUCAGUAAAAAUAUUAAUAUUAA